AUGGCUUCUUCGGCCAGCGCAGACAGCGGCCGCAGGAAGCCCCGCUUGGCGGCGUCGUUGCAGAUCAGCCCCGGACCCAUCCCUUGGCGGCCCCUGAGUAGUCUGGGCCAACAGCCCUGGGAGCCCGCCCCGGCGGCGGGGGAUGGUGGGCCGGGACAGGAGGCCGGAGCGGGUGUGGGGCAGCCUGGGCAUGGGAGUCUUGGAGGACAGCUAGGGACGUCCCCGAGGGUUUCUGUUUCUCCCGCAGGGCCUGCGGGGGACUUCCCGAAGGCGGCCAGGCAGCUGAACCUGCAGCUCAAAAACCCGCCCCCGGGCAAGGCCAUGACGUUGCUUAUGGAGUACGCAGCCAGCCUGGGCGUCUCCCUGAUCUUCCGAGAGGAUCACAGGGCAGGCCCUGGCAUCCCCUUCUCUGUGAGCAUAGAGCUAGAUGGAGUGGUCUGUGCUGCAGGCACUGCCAACAGCAAGCUGGAGGCAAAGCAGCAGGCAGCUGUGUCUGCCCUCCGCUACAUCAGGACUCAGCUAGAGGGCCAAGAGCCCCCCAAGACUCCUGGCAGGCCUCCACUCAUCCCCCUGAGCGUAGAGAGCAUUGUGACCCAUGAGCAGCGCUGCGCAGCAGUGGUCAGUGCCGGCUUUGACCGCCUGGUGGACGAGAGCUCGCCGUACUGGGCCUGCAAGGAAACUGUGGCUGCGGUUAUCCUGGAGAGGGAGGUCCCAGGUGCCAGGGGCCAUGCCAAGGAGAUCUACGAGCUAGUGGCACUGGGCACGGGCAGCGGUUGCUGUGCCGGCUGGCUGGAGUUCUCGGGCCGGCAGCUGCAUGACUGCCACGGGCUGGUGGUUGCCCGGCGGGCCCUGCUGAGGUUCCUGUUCCGGCAGCUUCUGCUAGCAACACAGGGGGGACCCAGGGGCAAGGAGCGGUCAGUUCUGGCCCCCCAGCCUGGGCCUGGGCCCCCCUUUGCUCUCAAGCCUGGGAUCUUCCUGCAUCUCUACGUCAGCAACACCCCCAAGGGAGCGGCCCAUGACAUCUAUGUCCCCUCAUCCUCGGAAGGCAGUUUCCUGCACAGUCCCCCCUUCCGCCUGCAGGCCCACAUCCGCGGGGAGCUGAAGCCCGUGUGCUAUGUGGCGCCUGCACUCCGCGACACCCACGUGGGCUGCCUCUCAGCCAGUGACAAGCUGGCCCGCUGGGCUGUGCUGGGGCUGGGGGGUGCCCUGCUGGCCCACUUCCUGCCACCCCUCUAUGCCACCAGCCUCGUCCUGGCGGACCCCUGCCAUGACCCCCCAACCCUGAGUAGGGUCAUCCAUGCCCGACCCAGCCUAGAUGGGGCUGAGGGACCGUGCCUGCCGCCCCCCUAUGUCCGUACCACCCUGCACCUAUUUGCAGGACCCCCAGUGGUCCCCUCCGACCCCACCCCCAGCACCUGCCACGGCCUGAGCAUCAACUGGAGCCUUGGGGACCCUGACAUUGAGGUUGUGGAUGUGGCCACUGGACGGGUGAAGGCAGAUGGGACCCUUGGGCCUCCCUCCCGCCUCUGCAAGGCUGCCUUUCUCCGGGCCUUCCGCCAGGCUGCCCGUGCCCUGGACAAACCCCGUCUCCUGGCCUUGAGGACCUAUGAGGCGGCCAAGGCUGGGAUCUACCAGGAGGCACGCCAGCAACUCUCUGUCCUCCUGGACCAGCAGGGCCUGGGGGCUUGGCCCUCAAAGCCACUGGUGGGCAAAUUCAGAAACUGA